CACGCAUCAUUCCACAAAGCCGUGCGAGCGUUGCUUUCAGGGGAGGGAUGUAUGCGGCUACUUUAGUGAUCGCUGGUAUGAUAUUCUCCGCAUGAAGGUCCGCUUUCUCUGGAUUGUUUGCUGUUGGCUCUGAUACUGGCGGUGGUCCGUGGCGAUGGGAGGCAAAGGGGAAGUGUCGCCGCGAGCUUUUCUUCAUCUCGCGGCCCUUUUGUUUGUGUUGAAAAGCUGCUCGAGUGAAAUUCGGUAUUCUGUUCAAGAGGAGGUAAACCUGGGAACAUUUGUCGGAAAUAUUGCGAAGGAUCUGGGAAUUCCACCCAGAACACUGGCGACGCGACGGUUCAGAACCGUCUCUACAGGGAAAAAAGACCUUUUCCAGGUAAAAGAAAAAGAUGGUUCUUUGUAUGUGAACGAACGGAUUGACAGAGAAGAGCUAUGCGAUAAACUCUCUCAUUGUUAUAUCAAUCUGAAGGCUGUUAUCGAAGAUCCACUUGAAAUACACCACGUUAUUAUAGAGAUUGUUGAUGUAAACGACCAUUCGCCUAAUUUUACAGAUAAACAGAAGCUUUUAGAAAUACCAGAAUCUACCCUUGCUGGGACGCGGUUUCAGUUACCCGGGGCUUACGAUCCUGACGUGGGUUUAAAUGCCGUGCGUUUUUACAGACUGAGCCAAAAUGAGCACUUUGAAUUGAAGAUAGAGGAUCUUAGUGAAAACAAUAAGAUCCCCAUUCUCGUUCUGUUGAAACCGCUGGACAGAGAGCGUACACCCGUGCACGACCUGGUGCUGACAGCUUUGGACGGCGGCAGCCCACACAGAACCGAUGUACUCAAUAUUAGUGUCAUUGUGCUUGACAUAAAUGAUAAUGCCCCUGUGUUUGAUCAACAGAAGUAUUCGGUUAGCCUGCCCGAAAAUGUCCCCGUUGGAACAUUUGUGAUAAAAGUGAAUGCCACCGAUUUAGAUUCUGGUGAUAACGGAGCAGUGGAGUACUCCUUCGGAGAGUCGUCCAGAGGCAAAGUAUCAGAGUUAUUUGAGUUGGAGAGGGAGACGGGGGAAAUCAAAGUAGCGGGACGGAUUGAUUUUGAAGAAAAGCAGUCAUAUGAAAUAAGUGUACAGGCUACGGACAAGGGUCACGUGCCACUGGCGGCCCACUGCAACGUCUUCGUUCGAGUGGAGGAUGUUAACGACAAUAAGCCAGAUAUAGAAAUCACUUCCCUGUUGGGCCUCAUUCCUGAGGACAUAGAUGUUGGCACUGUUGUGGCGUUAGUUGGAGUCACUGACUUGGAUUCGGGCGUGAAUGGACAGAUCAUCUGCUCAAUCACGGAAAACGUACCGUUUGAACUAAAACCCACUUCCCAGACAAACUUUUACUCUUUAGUAACUAAUGGGCAUUUAGACAGGGAAAAGGUGUCUAGUUACAUUAUAGAAAUCACAGCCAGAGAUUUAGGCACCCCUGCACUGUCGUCUUCUGAAUCCGUUAUCGUAGAGGUGUCUGAUAUGAAUGAUAACAGUCCGGUAUUCUCGCAGGAUCCAUACAUAGUGUACCUUGCCGAGAAUAACGCCCCGGGCGCUUCCAUAUUGUCUGUGACUGCUUACGACUCCGACAGAAACGAUAACGCUCUGGUUUCGUACAUGUUGGGGAGGGACUUUGCAGACACAAAAAUUACACCAUUUCUAAACAUUAACUCAGAAAAUGGAAACGUUUAUGCUCUAAAAAGCUUUGACUUCGAAGCCAUAAAAACAUUCAAAUUUCAAGUGAUAGCUAAAGACUCAGGAACACCUUCACUAAGCAGCAACGUUACAGUGAAUGUCUUCAUUCUGGAUCAGAACGAUAACGCUCCAGUGAUCUUGUCACCGAUCAGCGCUAACGGUUCCGCUGAAGGCGUGGAGGAGAUUCCCCGCAAUGUGAACGCAGGCCAUUCGGUGACUAAAGUGAGGGCCUAUGACGCUGAUAUAGGAUACAACGCCUGGCUCUCGUUCUCACUGCAGCACGUUCCAGACCCCAGUCUCUUUGGUUUGGAGCGAUAUACAGGAGAGAUCAGGACGCUUCGAUCGUUCACGGAAACAGACGAGGCUGAGCAUAAACUGGUUAUACUGGUAAAAGACAAUGGGAACGUUUCACUGUCAGCAACAGCAACUGUGAUUAUCACCGCCGUGGAGCCCAAGGAGGCGUUUGCAGCUUCUGAUAUUAAAAACACGGUAAAAACCGAGGAAGAGAACAACGUAACUUUUUAUCUGAUAAUCACACUGGGGUCAGUUUCAGCGCUCUUUCUCCUGAGUAUUAUCGGUUUGAUAGUGAUGCAGUGCUCCAAACCUCCAGACCAUUCGUCCAAAUAUUGCCGGGACUCCAAUUACGCAGACACGAGCGGGAACGGGACACUGUGUCACAGCAUCCAGUACAGAUCCGGAGACAAACGGUACAUGUUAGUUGGACCCAGAAUGAGUAUCGGUUCUGCUAUUGUCCCCGGCAGUAAUGGGAAUACUCUAGUCGUCCCAGAACACAGAAGGAGAAUCUCAGGAGAGGUAAGGAUUUAUAUGUGA